AUGGCCAAAUUGAAUGUUUUAUCGUUGAUUGCCUUUUUGGCUGGCUUAGUCGUUGUCAUUGAAGGAACGGAUUUUAUCAUCUUUAAUGAAAUCCCGCCUACUAUUCACGUAUGCGGCGAUCAGAGGCUACAGAUUUUAGAUUAUUGGGCAGAAUGUGAAUUGAACGUCCCCUUUGAUGACUGUCCACUCAAGCGUCGCCGAUCAGUUGAUGUAAAUCUCAUUUCUGAUUUCAACAAAGAGCCAUCUUAUAGCAAAUUUGAUGACCGAUUGAUUGAAGCUGACAACGUUAAUAAUUUCUUAAAAUUUGGAAAAACUUUAUAUGCGCGUCUUCAACCUUUGAAUCUUGAAAAAAUAGACGAGAAAUGCUGUAUGCCAGCACCCAAUCCAGCGACUGAAUGUGGUAUGUUGCCUGAUUUAUGUCCUGGCGGUAGCAUGUUUGAUGAAACUACCAGAGAACAAGUUAUUAUAGGUGGUUGCGAAGUUUUUAUUGAAGAAAAUCUAUAA